AUAAUUUUGUAUAGAGAAGUGAAUUGAAUGGAUAAAAUCUGAAGCACUGGCCAACAACAAGAUUCUUUCUCAUGGCAGCAUCAGAAUCUUCCACCGCGAACCAAAUUGCCGUUUUCUGGCAUGAAGGUAUGCUUAAUCAUGACACCGGCCAUGGAGUUUUCGACACAGGAAUCGAUCCUGGUUUUCUAGACGUGUUGGAGAAACAUCCUGAAAACUCAGACAGGGUCAAAAACAUGGUUUCUAUCCUCAAAAGAGGUCCUAUCUCUCCUCAUGUUUCAUGGAACCUUGGUCGACAUGCUCUCAUCCCAGAGCUCCUUUCAUUUCACACUCCUGAGUACAUAAAUGAACUGGUAAAAGCUGAUAAACAAGGCGGAAAGACACUUUGCACCGGCACAUUCUUAAACCCUGGAUCAUGGAAUGCUGCACUUCUAGCUGCUGGCACAACACUGUCUGCCAUGAAGCAUUUGCUAGAUGGACAUGGAAAAGUUGCUUAUGCUUUGGUUAGGCCGCCCGGUCAUCACGCUCAGCCCUCUCUGGCUGACGGAUACUGUUUCCUUAACAACACCGGUCUAGCAAUACAGUUAGCUUUAGAUUCUGGAUGUAAAAAAGUUGCGGUUAUAGAUAUUGAUGUUCAUUAUGGAAAUGGCACAGCAGAGGGAUUUUAUUCGUCUGAUAAAGUUCUUACAAUCUCUCUUCAUAUGAACCAUGGAUCAUGGGGUCCGUCUCAUCCGCAGAAUGGUUCUGUCGAUGAGCUUGGUGAAGGAGAAGGUUAUGGUUAUAACGUUAACAUACCUCUACCAAAUGGAACUGGGGACAAAGGUUAUGUAUAUGCCUUCAAUGAGUUGGUUGUUCCGUCAAUCAAUAAAUUUGAGCCGGAUAUGAUAGUGUUGGUUAUAGGACAAGACUCGAGUGCAUUUGAUCCAAAUGGAAGGCAAUGCUUGACAAUGGAAGGAUAUAGAGAAAUUGGGCGGAUAGUUCAUGGUCUUGCGAGGAGACACAGCGAUGGGCGUGUUCUUAUUGUGCAGGAAGGUGGGUAUCAUGUAACAUAUUCAGCAUAUUGUUUACAUGCAACACUUGAGGGUCUUCUCAACCUACCACUUCUUCUACUAGAAGAUCCUGUUGCCUAUUAUCCAGAGGAUGAGACAUUUGCUGUCAAAGUUAUAGAAGCCAUUAAAAAUUAUGUAAAAGAUAAAAUGCCCUUAUGGAGAACAGGUUAACUUUUCGGAUUAUACUUUCUCCAAAACCUAAUCCGAUUUUUUUAAUAAAUUGUUUGUGAGAGUUGGAUUUAAUGAGUUUAAUAGAGUUAAAAUAGAUCUCAAAGUUUAGAGGUACGACAAAUUGUCUACUAACGAAAUCUGGACGCAGAUGGUGGAAGUUGAACUCACGUUUUUGUUGGAUACAAAUCAACUUUUUAAAUAGUCUCGGUGCAAACUAUUUAGCAACAUCUGAAAUGAUCUCAAAAUAAUCCAAACCUUUUGUCUGUGUGAAGUCUUGUGCAACUAGCCUUGUUGCAUAUGACCAAUAUACUUUGGACAAAUCAGAUUGAAACAUUAAUGUGUUGCUAAUGUUCAAAAUAUGAUGUUGUGGACUAGCUACAUAGCUCUUUUGAAGUAUUAUAAUUCAUUCUGUAUAAAAUGAGUUCAGCAAUGAUUAUAAUCCACUGUCAAUCUUAAUGAGUUUAACAUUUCUAUCAAACUAAGUUUUCAUCAUAUUCACAAAAUCGAGCUGGUAUAUGUUUCAAUAUGAACCAUUCAAGGGUAU